CUCUUCCUAGUUCCUACCAAUCAGGUUUACUAGGACAACUGAUAGGGUUCCAGCUUUCGGAGGAGGAUUCCUGUUUUUGCCCUUUCUUUCUCCUCAAGUCGAGUCAUCGUUGUUGCCAGCAGCAGCAGCACCUGGCGAAGUGGAAACCAUUUUAGCAAGGCGGACGGUUUCAAUUUCUUGCUCUGUGCCCUUCUUUUGGCAACUCACUUGUCACUGAAGCAAAUUAACAAACACUUGGAACGCAACUCUUCCCUGUUCUCUCCGCCGCCAUACAGGCUCUCUUCUUGCCUGGUUGCUUCUUACUCGUCGAUUCUGGAGGCCUGGUCGUCGUUGAAAGUGAAAGACUGUUGGACUGCUGAACAUGGGAGUCUGCUUGAUGUGCUAGGGCAAUAAAGCAUGGAGAUAAUUGAAACCAUCUCCUGUCUUCCGGUCCAAGAUCCUCCCGAGGAUGAAUUCUCUGCGGCUGAUUUGACCUGGACCAAGUUUGGGACUGCUGAUCGUUAUGAUGAGGUUGCUGUAAUUCCUUACAACCGCGUCGAUACGUUUAUAAUUGGGGAAUGCUCUAACAUAGAAUGUCCAACACGUUUCCAUAUCGAGAGGGGGAGGAAAAGGUCUAAAGGAAGCUUGAAGGAACACAAGAGUGAUGACUAUUUGGAGUAUAAACUUUACUGGUGCUCAUUUGGUCCUGAGAAUUAUGGGGAGGGUGGAAGCAUAUUACCUAGCCGAAGAUAUCGGCUUAAUACCCGGAAUCGUGCUGCUAGACCUCAAUCAAUGCGUGGUUGCACAUGCCACUUUGUGGUGAAGCGCCUAUAUGCCCUUCCAUCACUUGCACUUAUUGUAUAUAACGACAGGCGACAUGUUAACAAAUCAGGGUUUCUCUGUCAUGGACCGCUUGAUAGGGAUGCCAUUGGCCCUGGUGCAAAGAAAAUCCCUUAUAUUUGUAAUGAGAUUCAGCAACAAACUAUGUCCAUGAUUUACCUUGGAAUCCCCGAGGAAAAUGUGUUGGAGAAGCAUAUCGAGGGUAUUCAACGAUAUUGUGGUGCAGAUCCAAAAGUCAACAGCCUUGCUUCUCAGUAUGUCCAGAAGAUGGGCAUGAUUAUCAAACGUUCAACUCAUGAAUUGGAUUUAGAUGAUCAAGCAAGUAUCCGGAUGUGGGUUGAACGCAACAAGAAAUCCAUAUUUUUUUAUCAGGACAAUUCAGAAACUGAUUCUUUCAUUUUGGGCAUUCAGACCGAGUGGCAGUUGCAGCAGAUGAUAAGAUUUGGUCAUCACAGUCUCAUUGCUGCUGACUCAACAUUUGGCAUUAAGAGACUCAAGUACCCAUUGAGCACACUUCUUGUCUUUGACUCGAGACAACAUGCACUUCCUGUCGCUUGGAUCAUCACACGUAGCUUUGCGAAACAUGAUGUUGCUAAAUGGAUGAAGGCUUUACACGAGAGAGCUUCAUCUGCAGAGCCUGGAUGGAAGAUUAAUGGAUUCUUGAUUGAUGAUGCCGCUGCAGAGGUUGAUCCCAUAAAGGAUGUAUUCAGCUGCCCUAUCCUUUUCUCACUCUGGCGUGUUCGUAGAUCAUGGCUGAGAAAUAUUGUUAAAAAGUGCAGUGGCAUUGAAGUCCAACGAGAGAUUUUCAAACGUCUUGGGAGGAUCGUUUAUAGUAUUUGGAGCGGGGUUAAUGCUUUGACUGCUUUGGAAGAACUAAUCCAUGAUUUCGCUGAUCAAUCUUUAUUCAUACAAUACUUUGAAGCUUCUUGGGUGCCAAAGAUUGAGAUGUGGCUAUCAAUGAUGGGCACUCUUCCUAUUGCUAGCCAAGAGGCUUCCGGUGCGAUUGAAGCUUAUCAUGUAAAGCUGAAAGCAAAAUUAUUUGACGACUCACAUCUCGGAGCGCUCCAAAGAGUAGAUUGGUUAGUCCACAAGUUAACAACUGAAUUGCACUCUAGCUACUGGCUAGAUAGGUAUGCAGAUGAAAGUGAUUCUUUCAAAAACGUAAAGGAAGAAUAUGUUGCUUCUACUUCAUGGUACAGAGCAUCUCAAAUCCCUGAUUCUGCUGUUUCAUUCGAUGGCGAAGAUCGUCUGUUUGCUAAGGUUGCAAGUCAAAAGGAUGGAAACCCAGCACGUGUAGUCUGGAACCCGGGAUCAGAAUUUGCAUUCUGUGAUUGUCUUUGGUCAUUGCAAGGAAACCUCUGCAAACAUGUGAUCAAGGUGAACUUCAUGUGUGAAUCUUCUCCAGAUUCUCAGCCUUCCAUGUCUUUCCAAUCAUUUAAGGAUGUUUUAGUGGAUAUAUGUAAGAUGCCGAUGGAUGACUCAGUUGCUUUAGAUCUUUCCAUGGCAUGGACUCUCCAGAUGGUUGAUCAAAUAAAGCAACUCGUCGAACUUAAGAGUUCGAACGAUAUUGGCUCGGUUGUAAACACCUUGCCUCUGCAGUGGGUUUCUAAGAAAGGCAGAACAUCUGUUGGCAUACCUUCUGCAGCCUGUUCUGGUCGUCCAUUGGAUUCACAGAUUACAAAGACCGUUAAAAAGAGCCGAAAGCGUAAGAGAAUUGGGAGAUGGAGAUAGGUAGGGUUAUUUUGUUGGAGGAGAAAAUAUGUGACCAGUGUGUAGAACAAUUCUUGAAGGCAGAUUUUGUUGUGAGUUUUUGAAACCUCAAGUGGAUAAAUACCCAUGCUUGCUAUAUUAUCUGCAACUGAGAAGCUGCUGGGAUAUCAUUCAUGAGUAUGAGAAGAAGAUUGGUUGAGCAAUUUGUUUCGCAGAUGAUGGAAAAACUUUCUAUUGCGGUAGAAGUGUCGUACUGUGAAUCUUUUGGCUUUAGCUUGAGGUGGUGAAAAAAUGUUUUAGGUUUACAGUGCACAACGAACUGUACAGGCUAACUUUACCUGAUCGUUCAGUUAAUUACUCGUAGUAGAGUUAUUACUUGGCGGCGGGUUAGCCAGCUAGCUGGAACUCAAAGUUGCUACUACAACUCUGUUGAUUGAAGCAUAGAAUUGAU